AUGUGUACGCCGAUCUAAUGGUUUUAUGUGUGCUCUGAUUGCUGCAGGUAAGGGAGGAGGAGGUCGGCGAGGAUGUCGCACCGUAAAUUCGAGCACCCGAGACAUGGGUCCCUCGGCUACCUCCCUAGGAAGCGAUCCUCCCGCCACCGCGGAAAGGAUACGUGCUGCCACACCGAUCCAUUCGUCUGGUUACUUUGUGUUUUUGCUAUAGCUUGUUUUUGCGAUCGGGUUGUGGGGAUUGAGUAAGAACUGCUUGGGCUGCCACACCGAUCCAUUAGUCUGGCUACUUUGUGUUUUCCACGUCGGUUCACUCUGUGUGGGUUUCGCGCAAUCGGGCUGUGGGGAUUGGGUAUGAACUGCUCGAGUUGUCUCGUAGCUCACGUUUUGUGUUGUGUACCAGUACUCUGAUUGUGUCAUGCGUUGGGUAAAUUUUCGAGACUGCUAAUUGAGUAAAAUUGCUGUCAUUUUCAGAUCUUAGAUGCAUUCAAUGACUAGUAUGUUGCAAUUGGGAUCGUGUCUGCUAGUGUUCUUGAACCACGGUGGUAGUUUAUGUCAGUGUUUGCUGCAAACACUGAAUGUGGAAAUACUGUGGAAAUACACUGUUGUGAAAUUUUAGGUAUCAGUGGUUCCAAAUGGAUGUAUGGUCUUUAAUAUAUUAGUUUACCUGUUGCUUCUGUGCAGUUCAAUUAAUGGGCAUGAUAAUAUGUGUCUGAUGUGCCGAUUCUCGUUUUCUGCAGUGAAGUCCUUCCCUAGGGAUGACCCGAAGAAGCCCUGCCACCUCACUUCCUUCCUUGGUUACAAGGCUGGCAUGACACAUAUCGUGCGUGAGGUCGAGAAGUCUGGCUCCAAGCUCCACAAGAAGGAAACCUGUGAGCCUGUGACCAUCAUUGAGACCCCUCCUCUUGUCAUUGUUGGACUUGUGGCGUACGUUAAGACCCCACGUGGUCUGCGUACCCUCAACUCUGUCUGGGCCCAGCACCUUAGCGAAGAAGUAAGGAGAAGGUUCUACAAGAACUGGUGCAAGAGAAAGAAGAAGGCCUUCACCAAAUAUGCCCUCAAAUACGACAGUGAUGCAGGCAAGAAAGAAAUCCAGUUGCAGCUUGAGAAGAUGAAGAAGUAUGCUUCAGUUGUCCGUGUUAUCGCCCACACUCAGAUUAGAAAGAUGAAGGGUUUGAAGCAGAAGAAGGCCCAUCUCAUGGAGAUCCAGGUUAACGGUGGCACUAUCGCAGACAAGGUUGACUAUGGCUACAAGUUUUUUGAGAAGGAGGUGCCAGUGGAUGCUGUCUUCCAGAAGGACGAAAUGAUUGACAUCAUUGGCGUCACCAAGGGUAAGGGGUAUGAAGGUGUGGUAACCCGAUGGGGUGUCACCCGCCUUCCCCGCAAGACCCACAGGGGUCUCCGCAAGGUGGCCUGCAUCGGUGCCUGGCAUCCUGCUAGGGUGUCAUACACUGUUGCCCGAGCUGGUCAGAAUGGAUACCACCACCGGACUGAGAUAAACAAGAAGGUUUACAAGAUCGGCAAGGCUGGACAGGAAAGCCACGAUGCUUCUACAGAGUUUGACAGGACUGAGAAGGACAUCACUCCCAUGGGUGGCUUCCCCCACUAUGGUAUCGUCAAGGGUGACUACCUGAUGAUCAAGGGGGGCUGUGUUGGCCCCAAGAAGAGGGUGGUGACACUCCGCCAGUCCCUGAUGAAGCAAACCUCACGUGUGGCGCUGGAGCAGAUCAACCUCAAGUUCGUCGAUACCUCGUCCAAGUUCGGCCACGGACGCUUCCAGACCACCGAUGAGAAGCAGAAGUUCUACGGCAAGAUCAAGACACCUAUCAAGGCCUGAGCUGCUGGCCCUGCUGUCGAAGCAGAAAGUCUUACUAGAUACUGUUCAGUUAUUUUUUCCCCUCAGUUUUGUUGUAGAUAGUUGGAGAACCAGUUUGCAUUGCAAAAAUGUGCUGCUCUAUUGCAGAUGAUGAAAGUCAUUACAAUUUUUGAACUUUAUAACAUGUUGGAACAUGAUGCUGGAUAGUGUAGUCGUUGCA